AUGGGUUGUUUUAAAAUGGCGGUCCACUCGAACAUGGCGGUGCAUGGGCUGCUGCAGGCCGGAGCGGCCGGGGCUGGCGGCUCCGAGCAAGUACCGGGGGGUGGGCCAGAAAAUGAAAAUCAGAACCAGAUGGAUCUCUAUGAUGAUUUAAUUGAUGAUAUAAUAGGCGUACCUUUAGACAAUGGGUUCAACCCUAAAAAGGACAGUUGUAAUCUGCCAGAGUGCUCAUCAAGUGAUGCAAUUGCUUCAACGACUGAAGCUCCAGCUACCACAACUCCAUCCAAACCUUCCGUUCCGGGUAAGGUUGCUGUUCCACUUCUUGAGAGGAGUCUGCUGAUUGGCAAUCUGACAUGGUGGACAUCUGCUGAUGACUUAGUAAGUGCCAGUCGUUCUGCUGGAGUAUUUAAUGUUAAUAACAUCAGAAUUUAUGAAGUUCCAAAAGGUGGUCAAUCAAAAGGAUUUGCUAAAGUGGAUCUGAGUUCUGAUUGGGACAGUUACAGAUUGUUGGAAAUGAUCCCAAAGAGAAAAAUUCAUGGGAAGAUUCCUGAUGUACGGCCCUUUACCACAGCAAAUCGCCAGUAUUUUGAAACGCAGUUCAUACGUGCGGUCAAAAAAUCGAAGGCGUAUUCAUCAGGAAAUGAAGUAUUUAGUUAUGAUGGAAGUGAUCGUCAGUCUGCAUUUGAUUCUUUAAAAGAAACAGUUCAAGGGGAUUCAGCUCUUCAAGACCAGACCCCUUCACCAAUCGAACAGUCGGCAGUUAAACUAACAGCUUCGGUUGUUGGAAAUAAAUUCCAACCUGCUGCUUUUCUUUCUCCUAACUUUCUGUUACGAAACUUCAUUUCACUGGGUGUUUCAGCUAUGAGUAUUCCACGACUAGGUUUUGGUGGACAUGGUUAUCGUCAGUCGUUCCAGAUGGCUUGUGCUGCUCCUGCGCCCUUCAUACCACCAAUCAACCCCGGAUUUUUUCCUUUUCGCAACAACUUAUUUCCACCUAUGUUUAAUCCAUACAGAGCGCUUGCAAGGGAACCACAAUUUCAAGAGACCCUGCAAAGCAUGGAGAUCAGAAAAGAGCUUGAAAGAAGAGGGGCAAUUUUACCCAGUAAUGAGAGCAAAGAUGACUCUUCGGAAGAUUAUGGGAGUCUCCUUCGGCUUGUUUCUUUUGUAAAAAAGACCAAAUCAGUUACACCUGAUAACUACAGGGAUUCGUUAAAUUGUCCUCCAAGCCAGCUGCAUGGAACAGAAUUGAAACAAUUUUCUUCAGGAUUACGGGAGCUGGAAUAUCCAAGGCAGAGAGAAAAUCAGAGAUCUGGGGAGAGAAGCGGAUCUGUGAGGGAUCGCUCCAGGAGUCCGAGUUCCAGUGAUGGUCACUAUCAAGAUAAAAAAAUGGAUUAUGAUCCAGAGCGGCAACAAAGGAUUCAUUGUGAUUAUUCUCCUCGGAGGGAUCACCAUUCAGACCGAAGCCGAGAUAAAAGGGACAGCUAUGGUCUAGAAGGGCCUUGUGACUCUCUGAGAUAUACCUCUAGAAGUGAUGAUAUCUGGCAUGUUUAUUCAGAAAAGAGUGGAAAAGGACACGAUUACAGUGAAGAAAAAUAUCUUAGAAAAAAAGAAAAGGACAGAGAGUACGAGUUUUGAUGAACGGCCGCUCACUGGAUGUUAUUCGUUUCUCGUACCUUCUCUAAUAAACUCUAGAGAAAACCCCAGGAGAUUGGCAGUUCCUGAAAUACUCAAGUCACUUUGUCUGGCACCAACAAUCAUUCCGUGAACAGUGACUUAGAUCACACCUCUUCCUCAUUCUGAUGUUUGAUUUGAACAACAACUGAACCUCUUGACCGUGUCUGCAUGAUUUUAUGCAUUGAUUUGCUGCCGCAUGAUUUAUUCAUUUAGUAAGACAGUGUGGAGUCGGCCUUUCCAGCCCUUCGAGCUACACUGCACCAGCAACCCCCGAUUCACCUUAACGGAAUCAUGGGACAAUUCACAACGACCAAUUAACCUAUCUGGUACGUCUGGAUUGUAGGAGGAGACCCACGCAUUCCAUGGGGAAGAUGUACGGAACAGCGCUGGAAUUCAACCCUGAACUCUGGAAUGCCCCAGGCUGUAAUUGCGUUGUGCUAAUCACUGAUUAGAUUAGAUUGGCUGAUUAGAUAUUUGUAUUAAUGAGCAGGUUGUACCUAAUAAGUGGCCAGUGAGUGUAUGUUCUCGGGGUAUUGAUUUCCAGUAUUUCCAGUUGGGUAUUUAUUCACAUUUUUAAGUAACUUGCAAAUUAUCAAAUGGUUUGUAAUACAAAGCUUACAAAGACUUGAUAGGAUAGUCCAUUAGGUCUUUAUUUGUGAUAAGUUUGUUAACAGCGUAAUGUGUUCUAUGGUUGGAUUCUCACAAUAUUAAUGUCUUUUUAUUUAUAUCUGUUAUACUUUCCCUUGUAUCUCAGUAGUGUGACAGAAUCAGCUUUGUAUGAGAAAUAAUGUGCAUCUGUAUAAUUUGAGUAACCUUCAGUAAGUAUGAAUUCUAUUGGUUAAAAUAUAUCAAGGAGAAAAGCAUCAUGUUUGGAAAGUAAUUACUGUAAAUUUUUUUCAACUUUUUCCGUCUCUUGUCAAUACCUCAGUAUCGAGUGCAUGGUGAGGUGAUCAGGGCUUAUUUAGAUUUUUUAAAUAUUCUGAUGACCAAUCAAAUUAACUCAAGCCAUAAGUACAAAAACUGAAGCGUCUCGGCCUGAAAUCUUGACUGUGUACUCUUUUCUAUAGAUGCUGCGUGACCUGAUGAUUUCCUCCAGCAUUUUGUGUGUGUUGCUUUGGAUUUCCAGCAUCUGCAGAUUUUCUCUGUUUGUACAAAAGCUGUUGAUUUGUAUAGAGUAAGGAAAGUUUGCCACGUAAUGAAUGAGUGAUAUAUUUAAUGAAUUCAGAUGCUAGUUAUUUUUUGAUAGUUAAAGGUGCUAGUGACCUGCUGGGUGUGUGUUAACUCUCUUUGAAGUGAAUACUUCAGUAGCUUGUCCUUCAGCAUUUCCCCAUCACUGCUGUUGCUCUGUUUUUUCCCUGGUUUAUUGGAUUAAUUUUAAUUUGCAGUGUGAGAAAUACACUCCCUGGCCACCUUAUUAGAUACAGGAGUGGAACCCAGUGUGAUGCUGUAGUCCAUCCUCUUCAAGGUUUCAUGUGUUGUGCGUUCAGAGAUGCUUUUCUGCACCACACUAUUAUAAUGAGUGGUUAUUUGAGUUACUGUCAUUUUCCUGUUAGCUUGAACAAAUCUGCCCAUUCUCCUCUGCCCUCUCUCAGUAACAAGGCAUUUUUGCCCACAGAAAUGCCACUUACUGGAUGCAUUUUUGUUUACCACACCAUUCUUUGUAAACUCUAGAGACUGUUAUAUGUGAAAAUCCCAGGAGAUCAGCAGUUUCUGAGAUACUCAAACCACCCUGUCUGGCACCAGCAAUCAUUUCAUGAACAAAGUCACCUAGAUCACAUUUCUUCCCCCAUUCUGAUGUUUGGUGUGAACAAAAGCUGAAACUCUUGACCAUGUCUGUGUGCUUUUAUGCAUUGAGUUGCUGCCACAUGAUUGGCUGAUUAGAUAUUUGCAUUAAUAAGCAUGUGUACAGGUGUACUUAAUAAAGUGGCCAUUAAGUGUAUGUAUUUCCUUUAUAGUUCCUGGCAGAAGGCAUUGUCGUUCAUCACCUUCCACGUUUGUUCCCAGUUGGAAGUUAUUAUCCUACCCUCGCCCCACCCCCCGAUGUUAACAAUAAAUAGAUCUUAGAGGUCUGAAAGUUUGUUUAAUUCUUGCACUUCUUUGUAUCAUUUAUUUUUAUUUACAGAUACAGUUUGGUAUCUCUAAAUAAAAUUACAGCAAUGUGACCAAUUAAUUUACUAACAGGUAUGUCUUUGGAACGUGGGAGAAAAUUGGAGCACCUGGAGGAAACUGUCGUGUACCAUUCAGCUACGUCUUCUAAAAUACAGUAAGAACUAUAACAAGUUCAGAGUGGAUCACGUUAAUAAAUGCAUUUAUUUCUUGCAAGAGAACGUCUACCUCCUUAUGUUAAAUCG